ACACACCCCCAUCUCAGAAAGCGUCUGUGGCACGUGAGCUUGAUGAGCUCUCUAACGGGACGAGCUCGAGGCGCUCUCUAAUCCGCAUGCCACAGCCACCAUCAACCUUUCAAACUUACAUUUCCAUCAAACUCCGACCACUACAGCAGGCAAUCAUGACUAUCGACGCGCCCGUUAUUCUGUCCGCACUUUUCUUCACGAUUAUUGCCAUUAUAGUUGCGUCGGCGUUCCUGGCGAAGAAACCUGCGCAAAAGAAAGAGCAGAAACAGAAACAACGCGAGGAGAGAUCCGAGCGGGUUUCUGAAUAUCACCAGCCCAGAGUAGAGCAACCAGCUCCAGUUCAGAAGGAGCUGAUUACUGAAAAGAAAAGAGAAGAAGUCGUUCCUGAAGCCGAAGUCGUCCUCCAAACACCUGGACAGGCAGAGGUAAAGGCUGAAGAGGAGAUCGCUGUUGAGCCGAAAAAGGAAGAGGCCGCUGCAGUCGCGCCUGUAAUUGAGGAAGUUGGUGUUAUAGAAGAAAACCCUGGAGUUGAACCUGAGGUCAUCCCUGUGCAAGAAACACCUGUCCAGGCAGCCCCAGAGCUUGAGCCCGAGCCUGUACCUGAAGAAGUCGUACCAUCAGCACCUGUAGAAGAGCCCGUUCCUGUGCCAGAGCCAGUGCCUGAGCAAGCACCCAACUUGUCACCAGAACCAGUGGCUGAACCAGUGAAGGAGUCUGUCCCAGAACCAGUGCCUGAACUAGUCCCAGAGGUGCCCAUUCAUGAACCAGCAUCUGAAACCACCCCAGAACCAGUAUCAGUGCCUACCCCAGAACCACUUCCAAACCCUGAAACCGAGCCUGCACCCAUCACAGAGCCACUGUCCUCACCAGCCCCUGAAGCAACGCCUGUGCCCAUCCCUGAGACAUCACCAGCAGCUGAAUCCCUUCCAGAAGUCCUACAGAAUACUGAUGUGGCAGCUGCUUUGGUGACAGACGAGGUCGAGACCUCUGCAGCCCUCCCCGGAAAUAAGAGGACCACCAAGUUUGAGAAGAGAAUGACCAAGGAGGAGACAGAGGAGCAAAGGAUAGAGUUCACAAAUGACUUUACAGCUCUUUAAACAACAGCAGGCAGUAUGUCUGUGUCAGGCCUCUGAGAUGCCGAGUGAGCAGAAGUUAAGGGAAGAUGCGCUCCCUCUAACGGACCUUGAGGACCUUCAGGGACUUCUCUGUUUGACUCUCUCUGAAACUUACCAUCGUGCUUUUAGUCUCUUUCCCCUUUGUUUUCUGCCUGUGAAUAACUUAUUAAAGCAAAAUGCCAAAGAACAUAAGAUUAUUUUAUUAUAUAUAUUAUUCUAUGAAAGGUUUAUUUAAACAGUAAUUACGUAUUUAAUCUACACUGAGCUAGAUUUAAUUAUCACUGUGAUGUUACGGUUUACAUUAAGUUCAUUUAGUUUGUUUUGGAAACUUUUGUUUAAAUGAAAUGGAGGGAUAAUGGUGAACCAGUGAUUCUGAUUUAUUUUAUUUGAUUUCUUUUUUAUAUGACAUGAAAUAAUCUUGUGCCUUUGAGCAUCAUGCGUUCUUUAGUCAGCCAAUCAGCAUUAAGGCUCAUCUUCUGAGAGACCACGCCCCCUUGUGGACACACACAGCUAUGACAUCACGCAGUUAGACAUGUACAUGAUGAGAUUUAGAAACCAUGUGGAUUUUGUUGUUGUUGGUGUUUCGGAAUGUUAUGUAAUAUAUAUAUAUAUAUAUAUAUAUAUAUAAUAAAAAUAGGUGAAUCUCAUUAAACAUUUUAUGAGUGACAUUUCAUGCCAGAAUUAGAGAAUGGAAAAUUAUAAUUUGCAUAAAGAAAAGUAAAGCCUAUUAGAACAAUGAUCUUUUUUUUUUUUUUUUUGCAUUCUAAAAAAGUUAUAUUUUACUUUAAGAGGCUAAAUAUUGUGCUUAAUGUUGUUAUUGGUAAUGCAAAAAAUACUACCAUGUGAGAAUUGUUUUUUUUUUCGGCAUUAUUUUAAGGAGAAUAUAAAUGUUUUUUUUUUUUGUUUUUUUUUUGUCAAAUGUGACUGAUAGGGUUUCUUGAGAUUCCCCUUAAUGGCUUUUGUAAUAUCAAUAAAGAGCCAAAUUUGA